CAAUGUCGAGCCUUGUGUGCCAUUCAAAAGAUUCAAUGCUUUCCUAAUUAAUUGUCACGUCAAGCGUGAUACCUUAGACCCUGACAUGACACACGCUUGGGCUUUUUUUAUCAGAUACGGCGUCUUGACAUGUACAGAUGCUAAUUAUGCGCUCGAAAUUCUUCCAAUUUACCGUCCACGGUCACGCUUUUUGAUGUUAUGAAACACUUUUUCACAGGUUCCUGCCUGAACAACCUCAAAGAAACAACAGGAAGGCGAAAGUCCCAAUCAAAGAGGGAGUGUCACUCACCUUGAAAAUACAUACAGUGCUUACAGUAAUUCGAUUUGAUUUGAAUCUCGGUUGCCACGCCCAGCGUGUAGUCUUGAUAUCUUAAAAGCUUAUCGCCGUUAGCAGUCCUGGUUCCAAGGUUCCGUGGUUUUUGAAUGGUCUUAGUCCCACCCACCCCCGUAGUACCCACUGAUCAUGGCCAGUCAUCAGAGCGUGCUCUCACAGACCGUCGAAUACCAAAGCUUUCGCGCUUCCGUGCCCCUCAAGAAGUUGGCCUUGGAUCCCGAUGAACACGAGAAGUUCUGGCAUGUGUUUGAUUGCGGUCCCCGAGCCUUGACUUGUCCAUUGGUGUGUUUGCCGCCGAUUUCCGGGGCGGCCGAUGUUUUCUUUCAUCAAUGUUUGGGUCUCUCAGCCCGUGGAUUUCGAGUCAUUGCCGCGGAAUCCCCGGCCUAUUGGACGGUAGAGGCAUGGUGCCAAGGUUUCAAACGCCUCCUAGCCCAUCUAGACUUGGAGAAGGUUCAUCUUUUUGGCGCUGGAUUAGGGGGAUACUUGGCCCAGAAAUUUGCCGAAUACACUGAACCGUGUCCUCGCGUGGCCUCCCUCAUCCUGUGCAACGCUUUUACCAACACUGACAUUUUUCGUUAUCAAGAACAGUCCAUGGUAUUUUGGCUCUUGCCCGGGCCGAUGCUCAAAAAUAUCGUGGCCAGUGGCAUGGAAUGCUCGACCAAUGAGGCACCCAUUUGUUGCGCCACGGAGUUUAUGCUGGAACGUCUGAAUGAUUUACCUCAGUCGAUUUUGGCCUCUCGACUGACUCUGAAUGGUACUUCUAGUAGGGUCGAUCCGAAACGUUUGCGAGACCUGCCCAUUACACUGCUCAAUGUUUGGGACAACUAUGUAUUGGCUCCGGAAGUGCGAGAUGCCCUAUGCCGCUCUUAUCCUCAGGCCAAAAUGGCCCAUUUGAAAUCGGGAGGAAAUUUUCCCUUCCUGAGUCGAUUUGAUGAGGUCAAUAUGCACGCUACGAUACACUUACGAAACUUUGAUGCCAAGCCGUGAUAAAGAUACCUGACAAUCCUUAUGAUAUUGCCAAGUAAUAUGGAACGAAAACCAAUGUGAUACUGAUGCUAGUACAGAAAAAUACAUUUAUUCAUAUUUUACUUGACACUAACUUCCACUAAAAAAAUAUAUGGAUAUAUAUACAAUCUUU